CAAGGACGGCGUCGCCGCCCACGUGACCCACGCCAACAACGAGGCGGCAAGAUGGCGGCAGCGGGAGUGCCGAUUCAGAAGCUGAGCCACAAGAAGUUAAGGGCCUUGUUGAAGAAAGAAAAGCGUAAGAAAAAGCGGCAAGCAGCAGCCAAACAGAGAGAAGAAUUAGCUUGUGAAGAUGAGGUAGAAGAGGCAGAAGAGCUUGAAGAAGAAAAAGAGUUGGAGGCUGAAAGGCAACGUUUGCAUUUAGAAUGGUUGGAAAAAGAAAAGCGGGCACAGGAGGAGUUCCAACUAAAAAAGGAAAAGGAAGCAGCAGCACAGAAAAGGCAGGAAGAGGAGGAGAGAAAAAUCCGAGAAGAAUGGGAACAGCAGCAGAUGCGAGAGAAGGAGGAAGUAGAGCACAAACGUCAGGAGCGGAGAGAACGAGAGGAAGCUGUUCAGAAAAUGCUGGAUCAGGCGGAAAGUCAGCUUGAGAAUGGUGGCACGUGGCAUAAUCCAGAAGCACCAGAAGAUUAUGGGACAGAAAAGGAUAAGUCAUAUUGUCCAUUCUUUCUUAAGACUGGGUCCUGCAGAUUUGGUGAUAGAUGUUCUCGUAAACAUGUUUAUCCAGCAUCAAGUCAGACCCUUCUUAUCAGAGCCAUGUUUAUUACUUUUGGCAUGGAGGAAAGUAGGCGAGAUGACUAUGAUACUGAUUCCGGUCUGGAGCAUAGUGAAGAGGACAUUUACCAGCAGUUUAUGGAAUUCUAUGAAGAUGUGUUGCCUGAAUUUAAGAGCAUUGGUAAAGUUAUACAAUUCAAGGUCAGUUGCAAUUAUGAGCCACACCUUAGAGGAAAUGUGUAUGUUCAAUAUCAAAAAGAGGAGGAAUGUCAACAAGCCUUUGCACUAUUCAAUGGGCGUUGGUACGCGGGGAAACAGUUGCAGUGUGAAUUCUCUCCUGUCACCCGAUGGAAAACAGCAAUAUGUGGACUUUACGAAAGGCGCAAGUGCCCUAGAGGGAAACACUGCAACUUCCUCCACGUGUUCAAGAAUCCUAACAGCGAAUUUUGGGAGGCUGACCGAGAUCUUUGCACAUCACCAGAGCGCAGGAAGUCCUAUUUUAACAAGUACUCUGAGAAGCGAGAACGAAUGAGCCAUCGUUACGAUAACCACGGUCGAUCUAGGAGGAAGUAUAGUUGUAGUCCAGACAAGAGGAGGUCUGGAGAGCCCGAAAGGAAAAGGAGGAGAAGCAGAGAUAGGAGAUGGUUACAGAGGUCCAGGAGUAGAAGCCAGGACAGAAAACGGUCACGAAGCAGAGAGAGGUAUCACAGAAGCCGAAGUAAAGAAGUUCGCAGAUCACAAAGGUCCCGGAGCAGAAGUCAAGACCGAAGGAGGUCUAAAAGCAGAGAGAGAUGUCGAUAUAGGUCAAGGAGCAGGAGCCUAGAUCGGUCGCCGAGCAGAAGUCAAUCUAGAUCCAGGAGCAAAAGCCAAGACCAGUCCAACAGCAAGGACACAGGGACAGAGAGGUCACGGUCUAGAAGUAAAAGUCCUCAUCAUGGGUGGAACAAAAAAAGUAAGAGGGAAUCUGAAAGUAAAGAGAAAAGAAGCAAAAAGAAGGCAAAGAAAGAGAAAAAGGCCAAGAACAGGUCUGAAAACAAAUCAAAAGACUCCAAAACAAAAAGACCAGAAAGUGAUCCCAGACACUCGCCAGUUAGUUCAAUAGGAAAGGAUACUCAAGUCACUUUAGACCAUCCUGAUGUAAGAAGCCUUUCCACUUCCCCUAGUGCUAAGAGCUCUGCAAGUGAUACCACAACACCUGUCAAACUGGAUGACACAAUUGAAGCAGACACUGUUGAUGUGUGAAGGCGAGGUGCUGGAAGAUGCACUACAAUGGAGUGUUGGUCUUCGGCUGCCCAUAAAAGCACUGCGAAGAUGAAGAGAAACUCUUUAAGGGACCGCUAUCCUGUUGUAGAAGGGGAAAGACUGGUCUGACUUUGCAUGCUGUUCACAUCUUGAAGGAUCCUGAAAGAGUGCAGAAUCCUUUGCAUAUUUUGACAGCUAGGAUCAGUGUGGCACUAAGUUAUGCCACACAUGUCGAGCAGCUGUGAUUCCUUAUACCUGGAAGCUGUCAUCCUACUUCGUUGUUUCAGAACAAGAUGACAAAUUUACUGCAUUUCUACCGUGUGCCAUAGUUUUUGGAAAGGCCUGCUGGAACCAGCACUGAUGCAGUGGCUGCC